GUCCAAAGCCAACAACCCAAUUUCCAACCAUUUCGAACACAAUGCAAUACUUGUCUGCCGUCCUCGCUCUCUUCGGCACCCUUGCCAUUGCAGGCAAACACCACAACUGCGGCUGCAACGUCCGUGGCGCCUACAGCGAAGAGCUUAGUCAAGCAACUUGUGCUCUGUGGGGUGCCACCCAGAUCCACACUCACUUUGAUGGCCAUUCUUGCGUCGACAAGGGAAUAGGCCGAGGUAUCGAUGGCCAGCCCUGGGAGAACACUUGCAGACAGGCCUGGCAAAUCAACUUUGGAGGAAACCCGAACGACGUCGAAGGACACUGCUGGCACUAGAAGGAUGUGGCAGACCCUCAAAUCAGUUCUUGAGGCCAGACAUUGCAACGAUUAUACUUCAGCGCUCAAUAUGUAGUUCUGAAGGAAAUGCGGCACUGGAAUUAUCAUUUAGUACGUCGAACAGUAGAAACUAAGUCUGUCCUUACAGUAGUAGUAGUAGUAUAAACCAAUCCUAUCUCUGCGCUCACCAGUCCGAGU